GGUUAUCUUUUCACGACAUUCACGUGUGGUGAUUUUUUGGAUGAAACCUCAUGGAUGUGACUGAGUCCAUCAUGUUGAAUGGCAAUGGUCACGAAGAUGAAGAAUUUAAACUCUUCCUCAGUGUGCAUACCCCUGCUUUAAAGGCGUCACAUAUUCCCCCGGUGUAUUGGAGAAAUCUGCACCUGAAACUUGCAAAUGAGGUAUUUGAUGCUGGGGAAGUCUUUGGCAUUAUGCAAGUGGAGGAGAAUGAGGAGCAGGAGGAGGAGGAGGAGGAAGAGAAUUCCGAAGUGGAGAGAAAGAAAUCCUAUCCGGAAAUAGUUUACAAAGUGAUCGUCACCAGUGAGAGUGGCCUGCAAUCUUCUGCCCCCACCAGUGUUUUCUUAGUGGACCAUGCGUGGACAUAUCGGGUGGAGACGGCCCGGCAGCAGCUGGAAGAGGCUCCUGGGCUGCUGGGACGCAUGGCCAGCUUAAUGGGCCUGGACUUCCACGGUGAGGCCCCUGACCCUGACACAGUGGACCAAGUGCUGGAAGACAUGUGGCGGUACAACCAGACAUAUCAUCUGUCUCAGGGGUCUGCGGAGGAGAAGGUGCCAGUGUGGUACAUCAUGGAUGAGUUUGGCUCUCGGGUGCAGCACUCCAACCAGCCCACGUGCUGUAUGGCACCCUUCUUCUAUGCCCCCCAGCAGAUAGCCUACACGGUGCUGUGGCCCAUACAGGACUUGGAGAAUGGAGAUGAAGUAACGCGGGACUACGCCUACGGAGAGACUAAUAACUUGGUCCGUGAAUGCCGGCUGUUGCCAUGGGUACCAUCAGAUCUGGAGGGUGUUAGCAGCUGCACCGCUGAACCCUCAGAUCUUUAUUUUGAGGCCCUUAUAGCAGGGAAUAAAGAAACACUUCCUUUACCUAUUGAGCCCUCCAGUGUGCCAGAGGAUAAAGUAUUGAAGGUCUACACAGAGAUGGCACAAGUCAGAGAUAAUCUCACACACCCACGAUUUCUGAUGGUUGAGACUGAAGAGGAGGCUGAUGUUCUCUGGAUGUACAACCAUUUCAGAGACUAUCGCAAGCUGAGUGAAGAGAGGCCUCGCGUCCUUUUAAACCAGUUCCCGUGUGAAGCGGUGGUCACCACGAAGGACUGCCUAGCAUCCGUGUCACGACGUGCACAGGGGGAUGAGGGAGCCCAAUGGAUCCCGAAGACCUUUAACCUUCAGACAGAAUUGCCUCAGUUUGUCAGUCACUACCAGCAGAGAAAGGAGAGAGGAGAGGAUAACCAUUGGAUAUGCAAGCCCUGGAAUCUGGCCCGUGGACUCGACACCCACAUAACCAACAACCUCAACUACAUCAUCAGACAGAGAGAGAGCACCCCUAAGGUGGUGUGUAAAUAUCUGGAGGAUCCUGUCUUGUUUGACAGAGAGGAUAUAGGAUUGGUCAAGAUGGACAUUCGCUACAUGGUGCUGCUGCGCUCGGUCAACCCCCUCCGUCUAUAUGCCUACAAAGUCUUCUGGCUCCGCUUUGCCAACAAACCAUUCUCCCUCGACACCUUUGAUGACUAUCAGAAGCACUUCACAGUUAUGAACUAUGCUGAGGGAGUUGUGCUAAAACAGGUUCAUUAUGAUGAGUUCAUUCCCAUGUUUGAAAAGCAGUACCCACAAUAUCCCUGGAAACAAGUUGAGGCAGAUAUUUUUGUGGCCUUUGGUGAGCUGUUCCAGGCUGCUAGCUCCCGACCUGCCCCUUAUGGCAUAGCCGACUACCCCUCAUCCAGAGCCAUCUAUGCCAUCGACCUGAUGCUGAAAUGGGACAAAACUGAGCAAGGUGAGCGUAUAAUGAGACCACAGAUUCUGGAGGUGAACUUUAACCCCGACUGUGAGCGCGCGUGCAAGUACCACCCACAGUUCUACAACCACAUGUUCCAGACACUCUUUCUGGACAACGCUGAGGAUUGUCCAGUCACUCAGAUCUUAUAACUACUUUUGUCCUUUUUGUUACUGUUGCUUACAACCCAUAUUUGUUUUUAUGAUAUCAGUUUUAUUAUUAUUGACAUAUUUCACUUGUUCCUGAAGUGAGAGCAACCCUAUACAAGAGGCUGAUUAAAAGUUAAUGCAAUUAUGGGCUGCACCCCAGGAAAGCCUCAGGGUGCCACAGCUAGAUUGGAAUGUGACAUUCUAUCUUCUUACGUUACAGAUUUGCAGGCAGAGGCCUUCUUCGUAUAGGCCCCCUGUGUGACGUUGUGUCUGCUUUGGUCUGAACUGGGAACACCUGUCACAUGACAGAUGUAAUUGAUGUCAUGUGACAGGUGUUUCCUAGUUCAGACCAAACCGGACACAACCAUAUGACCACAUACACCUGAUGCGAUACACCUUUACAUCAGAUAGAUCCACAGAGCAACUAGACUUGGAUCUUCGUGAAUACCUGAGUCGGUUCUCUUCCUUGAGCUAUAUGCUAAAUUGUACUAGUGUGGGACACCUAAGCUCCAGUGGGUGUUGCUCUUCCCCAAACUAAUGAAUGUGAGUGAAACUAUGGGAAAGCCAAAUCUGUAGGGUCCUGUGAUCAAAGCUGGAUGUGGAUUUAAUGUCUUGCCUUCACAUUGCAGCCCAAUAUAGCCUACCACAUAAAUCCAAAUAGCAAAAAAAUGUCCCACAUUAGGGCAAUCCACCUAUUUAUUAACCUCUGCAGUCCACUGUGGAAACAUUUUCUGCCAUUUCCUUUGUAUCUGCUAUUUUACCGUCUACAAUAAAUCAUUUCAUUUGUGA